AUGAAAUGGUUUCAUGCAAGAGAACAAGCUCUCAAGAAAUUUUUGGAGAUGACUAUGAAUAAUACUCGCUAUGCUGAUCCUCCAGUUGCUCUUCCCAUUGAAUUUAUUUAUGACGACCAAGUGACCUCUGCCUUUUUUGACUGUGAUUUGACAAAUUAUGAAAAUUUGGCAUUUUGGAGUCGGUUUUGGGAACAUGACAGAAAAAAGAUGCUACAAAUUGUGAAAAAGCAUGGACAUCAACUUCAAUAUGCAUCCAAUGAGCUAAAACAGGACUUGGAAAUCGCUUUUAGCGCUUCGUUGUCAUCUUACAUUGUUGUGAGCUCUCUUCCAAAAGAGGUUAACCAUAACAAGGAAUUUUUGUUGAAGUUAAUUGAACAAAAUCCUAAUUGUUAUUAUUAUAUACCUGAGGAAUUAAAGAAGGACCAUGAUAUUUCCCGGAUGGCUAUUUCCAAAGACCCAUCAAUGCUUCGUAUUGCCUCAGAAUGGUGUGACAGAGAAAUGGUAAAACAAGCGAUCGAACGAGAUGGAAUGGCUCUUCGAGGAAUGCCAUACUCGUAUCGCAAUGAUAGAGAACUUGGCUGUAUUGCUGUAAAAAACAACCCAAAAGCAUUGUUACUUCUCAGUACCGAAUUGCAAAACGAUCGAGAGCUUGUGAAAAUGGCUGUACAACAAAAUGGUGAAAUUCUUUGGAGUUUGAUAGAAACCACUUAUAAAUUAGAUAAGGAAAUAGCAUUGCUGGCACUCAAUAAUACCAAAUCUGCUUGGAAUUUGGACGAAUCUUUACUCAAUGACAAGGACAUUGCCAUGCACUAUUUAAAGCUUGGACAUUGGUUCAUGAGAAUCAAAAGUCCUUCAUUAAGAAAAGAUAAGGACAUUAUCCUACAAGCAGUGAAAUACUCUUCUCCAAAAGUAUACUUGGAACUUGACAACGAUAUGAAGAGAGAUCACGAAAUUUGUAUGCAAGUGGUUAAGGAUUUGGGAUGUCUUUUGAGUGAAAUGCCAUACGAAAUUCAAAAUGAUUUUGAAAUUGUUUUCCAAGCUGUUACGACCAAUCCGUUUGCUUUGAAAUAUGCUUCCAAAGAAUUGAGAGCGAACAGAAAUGUAGUUUUACAAGCUUUUUCUAAAGCAUUGAGGUGCUGCCAACCAGAUUAUCUACCCAAACAAGCCAUUUCCCUUGAAGAAUACGUUGAAAACGCGCAGCAGCAACGACUCUAUCAAAACUGUGUGUUCGGAUACAUUUCAGAGGAGCUGAAACAUGACUUGGAAAUUAUUUUGAAAGCUUUGGAAUUCCAAGAUGAAACAGCGGCAUUGAUUCCACAUGAAGCUCUCAUUCAUAAUGAUUACGAAGUGGUGAAAACAGCCCUUCAGAAAAAUGGAGCUGUUUUGGAACAUCUUCCACUGUUUAUACGAAAUGAUAAGGAAUUCGUAUUACUUGCUGUGAGGCAGUGUGGAAGUGCAAUGAGAUACGCCUCUCAAGAGCUGAAAAACGAUAUGGAACUACUGAACGCAGUAGUGAAAUCAAGUCCACUACUUAGUACUAAUAAUUUUUCCGAAUUACUGCUGCAAUCGUCACUGACACGGAUGAGAAAAAGUGAAGCAAAGCAAAGACAAUCCAUUGUACCGACAUUUAAUUUUUAUGCUUCCAUAGAAACCAAGCAAGACCUUGAAUUAGUGAAAGAUGCCAUUUGUAACAUGGAAUGUUAA